GCCUGGCUGCUUGCGUCUCACUUUGGGCUCUCUAGGGACAGACAUUUAGAGGAAAAAAAACCAAACACGACUUCUUCACAAAUGAUACUGCUUCCAUCGAAGCAUAUAAACCUUAUCAUCAUUAUAUCCCCGAACCUUAUAAUUCUCAGUACAUCAUCAUCGAUUCAAUUCCGAUCCUCACGACAGGAAGAAGAUGGAUCAUUUGUGUAGCGAGGAUGAUAAUAUAGCCAAUGGCCACAUAGUGAUGCUCCCUUUCAUGGCCCACGGGCACCUCAUCCCUUUUCUCUCCCUCGCGAGGACCCUCCGAUGGCGCCACCCAAACUUGACCAUCAGCAUUGCCACCACCCCACUCAAUGUCCGUUACCUCCGCUCCACCAUGGCCUCCGGCGAGAGCCAGGAAAUCCUCCUGAAGGAGCUCUAUUUCUGCAGCUCCGACCACGGCCUCCCCCCUGACACCGAUAACACGGAGAACCUACCGUUGAACCUGGUAGGUGUCCUUUUUGAGUCAUCGGUCAGCCUUGCAGGCCCCCUUGAGCGGCUCUUAUCGGAGAUCUCAGCUGCAGAGGGGCAUAAACCGGUUUGCAUAAUCUCAGACGUGUUCUUUGGGUGGUCGGUGGAGGUCGCAAGGAGGUUCGGGAUCAAGUGUUUCUCCUUCUCCACCGGUGGUGCAUAUGGGACCUUGGCUUACGUCUCUAUAUGGCUAAACCUUCCUCACCGUUCAACGGAUUCCGAUGAGUUUGCUGUGCCGGGUUUCCCUGAACAAUGCCGUUUCCACCGCUCUCAGCUUCACCGGUUCAUAAGAGCUGCAAAUGGGACUGACCCAUGGUCAAGGUUUUUUCAAGUUCAGAUUGCACUUUCUUUGACCUCUGAUGGCUGGAUAUGUAAUUCAGUAGAGGAAAUUGAACCACUGGGACUCGAUCUCUUGAGGAAUUACUUGAAACUACCCGUUUGGCCCACUGGUCCUCUGCUGCCUUCCUCCAUGCUCGGUAAUAAAUUCCAAUCCUCUUCCAUCUCAAGAGUGAUUUCUACUGAGCGGGCCGGAAAGAAACCCGGAGUUCCCCUGGAGAAGUGCACCGAGUGGCUGAAUUCACACAGGCUCGACUCGGUCCUUUACAUCUCAUUUGGGUCUCAGAACACCAUAAGCGCCUCUCAGAUGAGGGCGUUGGCAGUUGGAUUAGAGGCAAGUGGGAAGCCAUUCAUUUGGGUCAUCAGGCCGCCACUUGGGUUCGAUAUGAAAGGCGAAUUUAGAUCUGAAUGGCUUCCGGAAGGCUUCGAGCGAAAAGUCACGGACAGCAAUCAGGGCUUAUUGGUAAGGACAUGGGCCCCACAGCUGGGAAUAUUAUCUCACAAAUCAACCAGAGCGUUCCUCAGUCAUUGUGGGUGGAACUCGGUAAUGGAGAGUCUAAGCCAGCGAGUACCGAUCAUCGGGUGGCCAAUGGCGGCUGAGCAGGCCUACAACUCGAAGAUGAUGGUCGAGGAGAUGGGGGUGUGCAUGGAGCUGGCAAGGGGAGUCGAGAAUGAGAUCGAUUCUGGACAUGUUAAAAGAGUAGUCGAGUUGGUGAUGGAGAAUGUAGGGAAAGGACAGGACAUGAAGAAGAAGGCCAUUGAGAUUGGGGAGAAGAUUGGUGCGGCUAUGAGAAUUGAUGGGGGAAUCAAAGGCUCUUCUCUUAAGGCGUUGGAUGACUUUGUGACAACAAUACUUUCUAGUUGAGUUGAUUAGCCACAGGAAGCGGUCAACGACUAAGAACAUCUCGUAAUCAAGACUAAUUGAUAUUUGAGCAUUAUUAAUUUAAAUUUAUAGAUUAAACAUACAUCGUGAUCUUACCGAAAUGCGAAUUCAUCUAUACUAUUAUAUAAAGUCAAAAGUUUUGGCU